AUGCAGGAGGAAGCGGAGAAAAUUAAAAGAAUGAAAAUUGAAAAAGCAAAACAGAUGAACGAUAUGCCUUGUACAUGGUCUGCAAUGAUCGCGUUACCAACAUCAUUGUUCACCUCACAAGAACUUAAAACAGUUGAUGCCACUGCCACAAAUACGUUAGACAAACCAGAAACUGGUGGCACAUCAAAACGGAAAGGCAGUGUUGAUUAUGAAAUCGCGGUGAAAGAAUUGAAUGAACAUUCUAAAAAUUGUGGUCCAAUCAGCAAAACAACAAUACCGUUUGAUGAAAACGAAAAAGUUAUCAAAAUCAAAGAUGAGAAUGCAAACUCAGAAGAUGCAGAGAAAAAAGAAAUGAAAAAAUGGAUUCGUGAAAUGCAAGCGGAAGCGGAGAAAAUAAAAAAAAUUAAAAGCGAAGAAGCCAAACGGAUGAACGAUACGCCUAGCACAUGGUCUGCAAUUGUCGCGUUACCAACUACAUUAGACUGGCAACUCCAAAGAGAGGCCCAACAGGUCUAG